AUGCUUCAAGAUAUUCUUUCCAUUAUUUCUUCGGGUGGUCCUCUUCCCUUUGUAGCCACAGGCUUGGCCUUGGUGGUUACUUGGGGGUUUUAUACCACGAAAGUCCACAGUCUAUCGAAAUUCCCGGGCCCGUUGGGCGCCUCUCUAUCGAGGUUAUGGAUUUUUCUCCAUGUUUUGACUGGAAAGGCAGAAAAAAGGGAGAGACGGUUGCAUGAGAAAUAUGGGCCUAUCGUUCGAAUAGCACCUGAUGAACUUUCGAUCAGCGAUCCGCAGGCUAUGAAGAUUAUAUAUGGGACUAAUACUGGGUUUACAAAAACGGACUUCUAUACGGUUUGGAAGCCUACGUUUGUGAGACACCCGGAUCACUUUGCAUCCUUGGAUGAGAAGGUCCAUUCUGAGCGACGAAAAAUUGUCAACCCUGUUUACUCCAUGUCGAGCAUCGUGGAGUCCGAAGAGUAUAUCGACAAAUGUGUUGCGUUGUUUCUGGAGCAACUUGAUGGGUUUGCAGACAGGAAGGAGGUGCUUGACUUUUCGACAUGGGCUCGAUUAUACGCCUUCGACGUAAUCGGAGAGCUAUACUUUAGCAACAUGUUCGGUUUUAUGAAGAACCAAGGAGAUGUAGAUGACUAUAUUUACUCACUGGACACCCUGGUACCCAUCAUGGCACUUGCCUCCAUUAUGCCCGUAUAUACACGACCCUUGUUUCUUUAUGGUGGGGCGUUGUUUUUCCCUUCGAUCAAAAGAGGACUGAAAUCGCUUGCCGCUAUUGACAGAGAAGCUGGAAGCUGUGUCGAGGAACGCCUACAAUCUGAACGAGGGGGAAAGCCUCAGCGAAGGGACAUUCUGAGGAAGCUUUUUGAGAUUUGGGAGACGUCUGGUGUUGCAUCAGACUUUGAACAAAUCGAUAUCAAGGCGGAGAUCUAUAGCGCGUUACUCGCUGGAAGUGACACGACAGCAACUGCUCUCUCAUCAACCAUGCACUACCUCGUGAAGGAUCGACGUGUAUAUGCCAAACUUACCGAAGAGAUCGACGAGGAAACACAAAAGGGAAACCUCAGUCCUGGUAAUAUCCGCUAUAGUGAAGCCACCAAGUUACAGUACCUAUGCGCCUGUGUCAAAGAGGGUAUGAGGAUGAAUCCCAGUGUGUCGUUCACUCUGCCACGUCAUGUUCCAAAAGAAGGAUGCGAAAUGGCAGGCUUCUGGAUUCCUGGUGGAACAAAAGUCGGCAUGAAUGCAGCGGUCCUCCAUUUCGACAAGGGAGUAUUCGGAGAGGAUGCGGCCGAGUAUCGACCUGAGCGCUGGCUGGAGCCUGGCGCUGAGACGAUGAACCGAUAUAUGCUACAUUUUGGUGGAGGAUCAAGGACCUGUCUAGGAAAGAAUAUUUCGAUGUGUGAGAUGUACAAGCUGAUUCCCCAGAUGCUUCGAAAGUUCCAUCUCGAGCCUAAGAAUCCAACAGAGGACUUGAAGACCUCUAAUUUUUGGUUUAAUAAAACGAUUGGUGUUGGUAUUCAAGCUCAUAGGCGAUAA